CUCAGGAAGACCCUGUGCAUCUGCUUUCUUUGUAUCUUCUCACCAGCCUUCAACAAAAUGGGUCGACAGAAGGUUUAUUUGGACAAACUGGCCCGCUUCUUUCAGAUCCGUAACCUGCUGCUCCGCCAGGCCCUGGCAGAGUGCCUAGGCACUCUCAUCCUUGUGAUGUUUGGCUGCGGCUCUGUAGCCCAAACUGUGCUGAGCGGUGGCACCCACGGCAUGUUCCUCACCAUCAACUUUGCCUUUGGCUUUGCUGCCACAUUAGGUAUUCUGGUCUGCGGCCAAGUAUCAGGUGGACAUUUGAAUCCUGCAGUGACCUUUUCGCUUUGUCUGCUUGGAAGAGAUCGCUGGAGAAAGUUCCCCAUGUACUUCCUCUUUCAGACAAUCGGAGCUUUUUUUGGUGCUUCCAUUAUCUUUGGCAUGUAUUACGAUGCCUUGUGGGACUUUCCAGGAUGUUUCAAUCUCACUGACGAUGCUAACACUGCUGGCAUUUUUGCCACGUAUCCCGCAAAACAUCUCACUCUUGUGAAUGGAUUCUUUGAUCAGGUUAUUGGCACGACAGCCCUCAUCGUUUGCAUUCUGGCGAUUGUGGACCCGUACAACAACCCAAUCCCCCAGGGCUUAGAGGCCUUCACUGUGGGAUUUGUGGUUCUGGUCAUUGGACAGUCAAUGGGCUUCAAUUCUGGUUACGCUGUCAACCCUGCCAGAGAUUUCGGACCACGUCUUUUCUCUGCUAUCGCUGGCUGGGGAUCUGACGUUUUCACGUACAGAGAUGGCUGGUUUCUGGUGCCGAUUUUCGCCCCAUUCAUUGGUGCCAUUAUUGGCACGAUGAUUUAUCAGCUAAUGGUCGGCUUCCAUGUGGAAGGAGAAGCACGUGACCUGGAAGAGAAAAAGAACAAAGAGGAAAAUCUACAACUCAACGUCCACUCCAACCCCAAAUCUAAUUCCAACGGCAAAGAGGCUAAUUGCUAAAGCUAGGUUCAUAAAGACUUGUCCUGAAUGUUAGACACAUGCAGCCAGUGGCUCCGAAAUCUACACACAUAAAUAGCGAUGUGGCACAGAUGUAUUAUUCCUGCCACUUAUACGUUAUAUGUUAUGAAACGGUACUAAUACAUUUUCUUUACAUUGUUGUGUAGCUGUAUUAUAUUGUAGAGGAACUUCUGUGUACAGUAUGAGUAGAGACACUAUUUCUAAAGAACAUCAUUUCACUUCAGAGAUGUAAAUCUGAACGGAUGCGUCGUAUCGCACUUCAUUUUUUUUAGCAGUAUUUUAUACUUUGAUGUUUUUCUUGCAGUUCUUUUUUAUAUAAUUGUUUUGUCUGUCAAGUAAGUUUCCUAGUAAAGAGUCUGUAUAAGGCAGUUUAAAAUUUUGUUAAUUUUUAUUUGUGCUAAUCGUUUCAAAAGAUGAAUAAAAAGUAAGAUUUAGCAAAAUGCCAACUAAUGAAAGUAUGUAUUUGGAAGCAUAUUACAAAAAAACUAAACAAUAACCCAUAAACUGCAGCAAACAAAUCAUGUUUGAUGACUGUGACAAGCUGAGCAGACAGCAGGUCUCCGGUUACAUUCUGAGAAUGAACACUGUUCUUCUCAAACUAUUUUCAGCUGUUGUUCAGGCAAGUUCAGUCCACCAAAAGUCCUUCACAAAGAAUCCCACAUGUCCUUUUCUGUUUGAAACAAAUGCAUUUUUGAAAAAGGUCUGCCCAGAUAAAACUGUCCCUUUUAAAAAAAAAUGUUUGGUGCUUAUAGAGAAAUUACUCAAUAUUAUCUUGUUAUUUGUAUAAAUGGCAUUGAGCUUCUGUUUUGCUUCUUUGCUGGGGUUUUUUGUUAUUGUCAUUGUUGUUCUCACAGCUGAUGAUGUUUUCACAUAUUGUGCAAAUGCAGUUGGGAGUAAAACUAAAACGUUUCUGGUUUGUGUUUUGUCCAAAGGCUGGGAGGAAAUGCUUUGAUACCAAAACAAUGAAAUUCCAUCUUUAUGCUGUAGCCUGAAUGCAGCUUGUAUUACACUUUUGAUUGUAUCAGGUGUUGCCUGUAGUCAGAUCAAAUCCGAUAAAAUAAAAAGAACAACUUUAAAAAGUAUAAA